ACCGCUCGCGUAUUAUUAAGUCGAAUAGAUGUGGUUUAGAGAGAGAGUUUAUUACUAGUUUUCAGUGUUCGUAGGCGAUAAGCGAUUAAGAUUUAAAUUCAGUCAACUCAAAAUAUCAUAAUAAUUAAUUACUGUCCAAAUAAAAAAGGGCAUUUACGUAGAUGAGUGACAACUGGGGCUGUGCCUGUGCUGUGUGUAGGAUUGUAUCCUAGCCUAGCAUAAAUAGAAGUAGCAACGACAGGAUGCCGAGGGGAGAGCAUACGCAUAGGCCUAGCGUAUUACUAAGCCGCGAGGAGAACGAACAGGUGUUCAGUCUCAUCGGACCGAAGUGCCAGAGUUUAGCGACGGCAGUAGUUCAGUUGUUUACCACUGAGGGACCAGCACAUUCAGAAUGGAAGAAAAAGGAUACUGGCAUCUUGUGCUUGGUGAAGGACAACAGCAAGCGGUCGUACUUCUUCCGCAUUUACUGCCUCUACAGAAAGGCAAUGAUAUGGGAACAUGAAGUGUACUUGCAGAUAGAAUAUAAAAACCCGAGGCCUUAUUUGCAUACAUUUGAAGCCGAAGACUAUAUGACAGCUUUUAAUUUUGCCAAUGAAGAUGAAGCUAAGGUCCUCAGAAAUAUCCUCAUUGAGAAGAUUGAAUUAAGGAAGCAAAAGCGUGAAGAGCGACGGCAGCGGUCGAUGCUGGCGUCGCGCGUCAACAGCCAGCAGUCGGCGCGUCACAACGGCGUGCCGCCCGCGCCGCCCGGCCCGCCGCCGGCGCCCGCGCCCGCGCCCGCCCCCGCGCACGCGCAAGCGCCCGCGCCCGCGCCCGUGCAGCACCACCAGCCCGUGCAGCACCACCAGCCCGUGCACGCACCACCUCUCAAAUCUAUAUCCUCUGGCAUGCUGAAGAAUACCAGCAAGAAACCAAAGAUGAGAAAAAUCACAAAAGCUGACAUUGGAACUCCACAAGACUUCAAGCACAUAUCACACGUCGGGUGGGACGCUAACAAAGGUUUUGACUUGGACAACCUGCCGGAGGAGGAGAUGCGGUCGUUCUUCUCGAUGGCGGGCGUGUCCGCAUCGCAGCUUGAGGACUCCAGCACGCGCCAGUUCAUCUACGACUUCAUCAACGAGCACGGCGGCGUCGACGCCGUCAAGGAGGAGCUGCACAAGCCUGACCCCGCGCCCGCGCCACCAGGUGGUGGAGGGUAUGGGCGCGGCGCGCCGUCGCCGGCCCCGUCGGCGCCCGCGCCGCCCGUGCCGCACCGCAGCCCCGCGCCUCCGCACCCACCCCAGCCGCCUUCACGCGCGCCCCCGCCGCCCCCGCCGCCGCCGGCGCGCGCCGUGCCGCCGCCGCCGCCGCCGCCCGCCGCCUCCCGCAACCCGCCGCCGCCGAGACCAAUUCAGCCGCCGUCGAGUGGUCCGCCGGCGGUGCCGCCGCCGCCGCCGCCGCCGACGCAGUCACCGGCAGGCGCGCCGCCGCCACCGCCGCCCGCGCCGCCCGCGCCGCCCGCACCGCCCGCGCCGCCAGCACCGCCAGCACCGCCCGGCCCGCCAGACGCUACGGUGCCACUAGACGCACGAGCCGCGCUCAUGGAAAGCAUUCGCAGUGGAAACAAGGCUUUAAAGCACGUGGAAGCCGGGUCCAAGCCGCCUGCAGAAGACAACCGGAGCAACCUGCUCAGCGAGAUCCGACAGGGCGUGGAAUUGCGAUCCGUGCAGGCGUCGCGGCCGGCGAGCAACGGCGCGGCGCCGGCGGCGGCGGCGGCGGCGGCGGGUACGGGCGGCGCGUCGGGCCUGGCCGUGGCGCUGCGCCGCGCGCUGGACGAGCGCUCGCGCGUCAUCCACUCCUCCGACUCCGACGACAGCGAGCCCGCCACCAGCGACGACGAAUGGGAUUAACCGCACACCGACACCUACUCGCUCUCUCCUCCUCCCUCUCCUUACACAUUUCAUAUUUAUGUUUAACAUUCUUCCAGGCGUGAAUCACUCCGCGAUUUCGUCGCGUCGCUACAAGUACAUGCGGCCUACACCAAUUUUGGUGUCUAGCCAUAGUAGUUGCCGCGCACCGCUACGGAACGGACGCCUGCUCGCGCUUGCGCCACCUAGCGGUCAUAUCUGUCGUAAUAGACGUGUUUUGUUAGAGUGGACUUUCUGUACCAAGUACUAUUAUUUAUUCUGUAAUUAUACUUUUACUUCCUAAAAUCUUACCCUGUUACGAAGUUUACCCAGUGUCGAUAAGGAUCACAAAAGAUCAAUAAUUAACUUUGCCAAUGAAAUAAAAUGGUUUCAUAUAAAAUUCUCGACGAAUUAAUAGCUCAAGAUUGCGAAUGGUAUAAUAAAUAUAUUAAUAUAAUCAAAGGCGCAUUAAAGCGCUAUACAUUUUUGUUUGCGAUACAUGACUAAGCUCGUGGUAAUGUGCUAUAUUUUAGUGUUUGCUUUUUAAGCUCCUUUUUACUAUGUAACUAUUUUGCCUAAUCUUCUUCUAGCUGAGUGACGUUACCACUGGCUUUUUACCUCCCAAUUUACAUUAUUCUCGACGUAAUGUUAAAAUAAAUUAAGAAUAUUGUAGGCGCCACUGUACCAAUUCAAGUGGUGUAGCAACACCACGACAUGUUUACGAUCAUAUAGCCUGUCAGGGCUUUCAAUACAAAAGUGCGGUAAAUUUAACAACCUUGAAGGUUGACCUGCAUUUGGUUAGCAUCAUGAAAUAACCUAACAAUAGUAAUAGAAGUCACAUCAGGCAAUCGGUUUGUAUGAAGAGUAGAGGUAAACUGUAUUGUACUAUUUGUACUGUAUGUAUAUUGAAUGUGUAUAUAAUGUACCUAUGUAAACUGUACUGUAUGUACAUAUAUUGAAUGUGUAUAUAAUGUACCUAUGUAAUUGUAGAAAAUGACUGACAAAACAAUGGUGAUUGUAUGAUUAUAGCAUUUUUGUCAUACAUACGAUUAUUUCCAGUUUUUGGUUAGC